GGGAACAAGUUCUUUGCACAAAAUCCGAGCUACGGGGACUUGCAUUUCUGCGAACAAAUAGACGCACAUACCACCCGUCCAACCUCUCUCUCCUCCGCCCGCGUCUUUUGCCCCUCCGAACCCUUUCGUUCAACUACAUACGACUCCGUCUACCAACCCCUCGUUGUUUGUGAGCGCGCGCGCGAUUGAUUGAUUGAUUGACAUCAAUCGCAGUUGAACGUAUUGGUCUCCUUCACUUCUACCGAGAAGCCAGCGAGAGAUUUUUCUCGUAUCGUCGACAAACCGAGGUCUUUGCGCUUCCUAAAACGAAACCUUUUCGUCGCGAAAGCAAAGUUCGCGCGCAUUCACACGUCUCUCUCUUCGCAACCCACAUAGUCGACAGAAAACGAGAAGCGACCGCCCAAGAUGUCAGGCUGGGUCGAUCGGUCAAAGACCACUCAAUCGCCCAACUACCGCGGCUCAACCUCCUUUGCGACGUUCAUGAUCAUCGGGCCAACCUGCUUCUUCCUCGGAAUCCUCUUCGCCUCCUUCCCCUACGACUUCCCCCUCCUCUGGACCUCCGCCCCCGUCCCAGAAACCUUCUUCACCCACCUCGAAACCCACCUCAAGUUCAUGCACCAAUCCCCGCCCCUCAUCGGCCGCCUCCUCAACAUCAUCGUCUUCACCGGCUUCCUCGGCUUCUUCAUCAAACUCUUCCGCCCAUCAGAGGCAAACGUCCUCUUUGACGGCGCCUCCCUGGUCCUCUACCUCAUCGGCGUAGGCGUCUACAUCACCAACAUUGUAAAGGGUCUUCGCUCCGUGAGCGCGGGGAUCUGGGAUGACCCCAAUUUCACGGGCGAAGUCAAGGACGGUCCCGUCACGGGGGAGGUUAUUCUGGGCAAGGAGGACAGCUUAAAGGUGCUGGCGGCGAGUAAUACCAUCUUGGCACUCGUGUUGGUGGGUGUGUUGGUGUUGCAGGCUGGGCAGUGGUAUGCUGAGCGCAAGGACCGCGAGGACUUUGCGAAGCUUGAGAAGGAGGAGAAGGGGGCCAAGGGGUCUGCGAACAAGAAGAAGCAGUGAGCAACGGGUGCGUUGGGGCUCUUCUAGGUGGUACGUGGGUGUUGUUACGCAAAGGGAGACUGUGGAUCUGUCUAGGGGCUGCGCGAACAUGUCAUUGCGAUUGGUAUGCCCUCUACAGCAGCUUUCAAUGCGUCUAGGGUGGUUUAAGGUGAUACUUGGUGUCCAUCGCAUCGGUUCAAACAAGGGUCACUAUAUGAGUCGCAUCAUACAAGUGGACAG